UUCUUAUAUGGAGGCGGGGACGGCUGGAGAGCUCCCGGCUAACUCUGUGUCUGGGUUUUUCAAGAGGAUGGCGAAGUCGGAGGCUAGCAAUGCGGCUACCGCCUAUUUCCGUCCAGCCAGACCCUUGCCCUCUCUGGUCACAGUUCUGGGGCUGGGGUACUUCGCGUGGGUUGUCUUCUGGCCUCAGAGUAUCCCUUAUCAGAGCCUUGGGCCCCUAGGCCCCUUCACUCAGUACUUGGUGGACCACCAUCACACCCUCCUGCGCAAUGGUUAUUGGCUUGCCUGGCUGAUUCAUGUGGGAGAGUCCUUGUAUGCCAUAGUAUUGUGCAAGCAUAAAGGCAUCACAAGUGGUCAGGCUCAGCUACUCUGGUUCCUACAGACUUUCUUCUUUGGGAUAGCGUCUCUCACCAUCUUGAUUGCUUACAAACAGAAGCGCCAAAAGUAAACUUGAAGAUGUCUGAAAGCUUGCUUUACACUUUUACAUUCAUUCUCACCUUUUGUGUGUGGGGGGGGUAGGGGAGGUGCAGUAUUUACUCAGUGAUCUUUCUACUUUCUAGAAAUUGUCUGUCCUUCGGAGCUAUUUAAGACCCCCUCAUUAGUCAUUUUUUUCUCCUAUAUGCUCUUGUUGAGCUUGAAUACACCAGUUGUUACUUAAGAAACAGAGAAAGAUUUUAGCUUUUCAGUCCUAUUUGGCAGAGGACUUCAGCUACCUUCCUACGGUCUUUAGCUGUGUUGGCGCCCUUGUGUGCUCUGAGCUAAGCCACAUACUAAAUUGACUUUUUGGUUUGUAUACCCUUGUUCCCACCUUCUGAUGAAAACACCUUACCCUCACAACCACCAUCUUUCCCCUCCUUUCCCAAAGCUCUUUCCACCUUGCUGCACUAAGAUAAAGUGACAUUUUCACUAUAUGUCAAUUCCACACACAUUUAUUAGGUACCUGUGAGGUAGGAUCCUAUCCUCUCAAACUUCCAUUUCUCACGCUACAGAGAAAGAUAAGGAAGAUGAGCAAGUGCCUGGAAUGGGGCAGGCUGAGUGGUCACACAGACAUAGAGGCACGCUGAGAACCUGGAGGGGAGACUGCAGAGUGCCUUCCCUGAUGCUGCAGCCAGAAGUGAUCCUUCCCUCCACCUGGCCCCUGGGACACUGUGCUUCGUAGUGUGCAGGGUCUGAUGGCACUGCUAGAUUGCUCUUUCAGCUCAGGGCCAUGGCUUAAACAGUUUCACCUUUCCCCUCAGCACCUGUCCCACUACCUUGCACACAGGUGCUCUAACCAUGUUUAUUGAACAAAGGAGGGAAACUGAUUUCACUUUCACCUGUUCAUUAUCAUUCCAAUUUUUAUGUGAAAAUGGCACAACCCAUUUGGGGUACCCUCAUCCCAAAAGAAAAGUCCAAGUCUACCUUUGA